GCGGGGACGGGCCGCCGCGGAGAGCGAACGGAGCCGGAAACCGGAAGUGUCUGGGGGCCCUUCCGGAAGUGUGGCAUAUCCCCUGCAACACCCGGAAGUGUGAUGCUGCUGCUCCUUUAAGUGUUGCUCUCUGUCCAGUUGCGAUACCGGGUUGGAACAGGUGUUUAUGCAUCCUUGUUUCCCAAGGCCCAGCGGAGCCUCAGCCAACCGAAAGUGCUGGAGGGUGCAAGGAUUUGGUCAGGGAUGUGCAGAUGGAGGCCGCAGGAGACACUGCUCUCCCAGCCCCCGGGUGCGCAGAGGACUUGGAGAACCCGCAGUUCCCCAGUGAGGAGGCUGGAGACAAUGCAGGGGUUCAGGAGAGCCCGCCGGAUUCCGGCGACGGGGACCCGGAGGAAACAGGAUCCAAGGCCAAGGACCAGCCACCCAGCCUCCCCUCACCCCUGCCUCAAGCUGAGGCUCCCUCAAGAACGUGUGAGCCCUGGAAUACUGCAGCUUUGGACAGCAGUGUCACUCAAGGACCUGAGAGUAACUCUGAGGGCCAAGGCGGGGACCCCAGUGAUGAGGACUGGCGUGGCCAAAGGAAGCACGUGUUCGUGCUGAGCGAGGCUGGCAAGCCCAUCUACUCACGGUAUGGUAGUGUGGAGGCGCUGUCAGCCACCAUGGGUGUGAUGACAGCCCUGGUGUCCUUCGUGCAGAGCGCAGGAGAUGCCAUCCGAGCCAUCUAUGCUGAGGACCACAAACUGGUGUUCCUGCAGCAGGGCCCACUGCUGCUGGUGGCGGUGUCCCGGACUCCUCAGUCUGCAGCACAGCUGCGGGGUGAACUGCUCGCUGUGCACGCACAGAUUGUGAGCACGUUGACACGUGCAAGUGUAGCCCGCAUCUUUGCACACAAGCAGAACUAUGACCUGCGUCGCCUGCUGGCCGGCUCAGAGCGCACGCUGGACCGGCUCCUGGACAGUGUGGAGCGAGACCCAGGCGCCCUGCUCCUGGGUGCUGUGCGCUGUGUGCCUCUGGCCCGGCCGCUGCGGGAAUCCCUGGGCGCGCUACUGCGGCGCUGCACAGCUCCGGGCCUGGCCCUGUCUGUGCUGGCAGUUGGCGGUCGCCUGAUAACGGCAGCCCAGGAAAGGAAUGUGCUGGCUGAGUGCCGGCUGGAUCCAGCUGAUCUUCAGUUGCUGCUCGACUGGGUGGGUGCACCAGCCUUUGCCGCAGGUGAGGCAUGGGCACCCGUGUGCCUGCCUCGUUUCAACCCAGAUGGUUUCUUCUAUGCCUAUGUGGCUCGCCUGGAUUCCCUGCCUGUCUGCCUGUUGCUGCUUGGCACCAACCGUGAAGCCUUCCAUGCCAUGGCUGCCUGCCGGCGCUUGGUUGAAGAUGGGAUGCACAGCCUUGGUGCCCUGCGUGCCCUUGGGGAGGCUGCCAACUUCUCCAGUGGCCCUGCAGCCAAUGCCCCUGCCUAUAGUGUGCAGGCUGUGGGGGCCCCUGGCCUCCGGCACUUCCUCUAUAAGCCACUGGACAUCCCUGACCAGCACCGCCAGUUGCCACAGUUUACCAGCCCCGAACUGGAAGCUCCCUACAGCAGGGAGGAGGAGCGGCAGCGGCUGUCAGACCUGUACCACCGCCUGCACGCUCGCCUCCACAGCACCUCCCGGCCCCUGCGCCUCAUUUACCACGUGGCUGAGAAGGAGACGCUUCUGGCCUGGCUGACUACCAAAUUUGAGCUCUAUACCUGCCUCAGCCCCUUGGUGACCAAGGCAGGUGCCAUCUUGGUGGUGACGAAACUCCUGCGCUGGGUGAGGAAAGAGGAGGACCGGCUCUUCAUCCGUUACCCACCCAAGUACUCCACACCCCCAGCCACCUCCAUGGACCAAGCCCCCCACAAUGGCUUGUUCACUGGACUCUGAGUGACUGCUGGAUCCACUACCUUUAGUGUUCAUCUUCUGUCUCGACCCUGGAAAUGUGGACAGGGUUCUGUGUGGGGUUGGCACCUGUCUCUCUGAGCAGUGGGCCAGAUCUCAGGGUUUGCCUGCAAAUGAGAGAUGGGUGACAGCAGCCAAGAGCCUGGCCAGCUCUCCCAGCCCCCUCAUGCACCUCCACCUCUGGAGAACUCAAAGGCUUCUCUCCUCUGCCUCGCCUCCUCAACUUGAAUGACUCCAGGGCAGCAGCUGGCCCUUCCUAGCCUGCUUCAGAAAUCCACCUGCUCACCGGAACACCACCUUCUACCAAGGCCAUCUCCCAGGCUCCAGGAGCACAGCUGGGGCUGGGUUGAGAUGUGUCCUCAGGGUGGCUGGGUGGGGGGGUGACCCACAGGGGUUCUAGAAUUGGGAAUGCAGGGCCAGCCUGUGCCUGGAACCAGCCUAAGUAUUUAAAGUAAAGUGUACGCAAAGGGCCUAAAGCUGAGCCCCCAAAAGACGUUCCUCAGCCCUUCAUGUACUUUGCAUUUUUCUUCCUACCAAAAAACUCCACCAAUUUGGGCUGUUUCUAAAGGUAAGACAGUGGCCGCCGGUGUCCACCUGUGUAACGGCACAUAUGGCACCUGAUUUCACACGGCGGCUGGGAUCCAGGAAAGAUGCACUUUUGUUUUACUCUCGAGUGAGUUGGAGAUAACUUCCUAGACGUUUGGUGGGGCUGUGUAAACGAAACCGCCGACCAGCCUGUGCAUUAUCUGUUCUAGAUUGCGCAGCUUGCAGCAGCAUCACCCAAAGAGGGAGAGCCCUUUAAGAGUCCCUGUGUGCAACCCACCCCAACUACCCACCACCCUAGUUCUAUCCCUGUUUAGCCUUCCAGCCUCCUGGCUGAGCGGGCGCGGGGAGUCAGUCCUCCCUCAACGCCUCCCCCAUAAUGUACACUGUACGCAUGCGUGUAGGCCCUCCCCCAUGCUUUUCUUCCCAAUCUUCUAAGGCACAUGCGCAGACCCCCACGGAGGGAAUGGCUGGGACUUUGGAGGUCUUGGAGUGGGAGGAGGCUGAGGACGCCGAAGGUGGAGAGGGCAGCAGGUCUCUCGAAACGGAAGAGGGGCUCCAGCCCGUUACAGCAGUGACGUCAUGGUAGUAUAUAUUAAAGUAAAAAAAAAUUAGCCUAUUACUGAAACUUCUAACUUCCACCAAGUGGAAAAACGUACGUUCUCCUCACCUAAAUUAACCUGACAAUUUUGUUAGCUUUUGUAGACGUUCAAUUUGGUACCCAUCACUAACCGGAACUAAGGAGGAUGUUCUCACAAAACCUCUGAGGAGGUGAUUCCCCAGUGUCCAUUCAGACUGGCCCAGACCACACCUCACGUGGGUUUUCCAAUCUCAGUGGCUUUCCUACACUUCUCGGAUUUGCUUCGAUUUUAAUAGUGCUAGCUCAUCCCCCAUGACGGGAAAGUGAGUCCCGGCUUAGAAGCUGCUCCAAAUUGCAACCCCUUAAAAAAGCUUCCCCAGAUAGAAUCCCCUAGAGGAGGCAAGCAUUGUUUUUUAGUAGAGAAAUUUUCAAAGUGUUCUGGAGUAGAGAAAAUGACUGCUUCAAUGGACUGUAUUUCCUGCCCUUUCAUCUGUCUCCAACAUCCCUGCCUGUGCAUUUUUUCUAUCACUACACGACCAGACGGGAUUGUGUCUUCCCACACCUGCCUUUGCAGACAUCAAAAUAACGGUCGUUUUCUUCUCUGUUACCUGCUUUGGGUUGUGAACUCAGAGAACUAGACUUUACCGCAGUUUCCCCUGCACCUAAGUCAAUGCCUGUUUGGGACUUGGUUGAUGCCCAGCAGUUUUUUAAUGAAUGAAAUAAUGUUAAACACAGAUAAGGUUGUUUUAAAUUGGAGCCACAUCUUGAGGACUGGCUUUCAAAACGGUAGAAAUUAAAUACAAGUUAAGUCCCACUGACUAAGCAUUCCGUAUAGCAGAGGUAUUGAUUUUGAAAAGCUUAGUACCAAACUUUCAGAUUCCUCAAAGUUUCAGUAACGGUUACCUCCAUCAGCAGUGGAGAAAUUGAAGAGCGUAUCAUUUUCAUGUCUUAUCCAUUAAGUCGGGUCUAGCACUGAAGACUUGGGGUGGAGGCCUCCCAGUGAAGGCUUAUUAUUGUAGCAAAAUGCUAUUCAGUAUCUGUAGCCACUGUGCUAGGUAAUAACAGGGCUCAUGACACACGUGUACAGACCAGGAGUGAUCUUAAUGGAGGCAGAGAUGUAAGAAACAGUCACAGAAAUGACCACGCCUCGGUAUGUCCAUUUUAUAGGAUGCCUGGGAUAUUUCUAAGAGGGAAGAAAAAAAAAAAAACAUUAAGAUAGAGGAGAGAACUGUUCCUACAAAAUGAACUCCAGACAUCACGUUUUUGGGAUGGAGUAGUUGCAGCUGGAGGGAGGGAGGCGGCUGAGUACAGCUGCACCUGUCCCACAUGAAAGUCUGAGGUAAAAACCCAUUGACAACGCUGAGCAACAGACUUGGUUUGAGGGAGGGGAGCAGACGUGAAAGCCUUUGUGAUUCAUUGUUUUAUUUAUACUUUAGAAUAGGAAAGUAUGUCAUUUUGAAAUGUAAGAGAAGAAGGGAAUAUUGAAUGGCACCUGAGGAUCAUUUUUAAUAAUGAGCAACGUUAACACCCAGAUUUUAGUUGUUAUUCUGCAGUUAACUUGGUAGAGUCUGUGUAUAGGUAAUAUGCACUGAAAUAUUAAGGAUUAAAGGAUCAUAAUAUCUUCAGCCUACGGUUGAGAAACUUCAAGAUACUUGGGCAGAUGCUACCACAGCCUCUUUCUAUGACUUUUAUGUACAUUUGAAAUUAUUUCAAAAUAAAAUGUUAAAAUAGG